UCACCAGGCAUCAGGUCAUUUGGCUCGACAGCGGGCACCGCGUCAUCUGGCAAGGCAGUGGGCUCCGAGUCAACAGGCACGACAGUGAGCACCGGGUCAUCAGGUACCGGAUUGUCUGGCUCGACAGGGGACAGCGGGCAUCGGGUCAGGUAUGACCAGGUAUGGGUCAGGCAUCAGGUCAUUGGGUCACCAGGCAUCAGGUCAUUUGGCUCGACAGCGGGCACCGGAUCAGGUACCGGAUCAUCUGGAUCAACAGCGGGCAUCGAGUCAACUGGCCUAAUAGGAUCGUCAGGCUGGAUCAGUUCAUCAUGCAGGCUGGAGGCUUCAGGCCGAGUAGAGGCAUCAGGCCGAGCUUCAGGCCGAGUAGAGGCAUCAGGCCGAGUAGAGGCUUCAGGCCGAGUAGAGGCUUCAGGCCGAGUAGAGGCAUCAGGCCGAGUAGAGGCAUCAGGCCGAGUAGAGGCAUCAGGCCGAGUAGAGGCAUCAGGCCGAGUAGAGGCAUCAGGCUCAGUAGAGGCAUCAGGCCGAGUAGAGGCA